UGAGCUCACACUUGGAACAGGUUGGCAGCACCGCCAAAUGAUUGGUUGAGAAAGCAGCAGCAAGGAGGAACGGGCCUGAAAAAAUCGUAAAAACUACGAAAACUUACAAGUGCGGGGUAAGAGCGGAAAGCUGUUGCACUGCGUACAAUUUGGACACUCUGGAAAAACACUUCUACGGCCAGGAUCAAGAGAUUGCAGCAGCAGCGCUCCGACAACGGGUGGUGUAAGCAUAAUAGAUAAAAUCCAGCCGAUCGAACACCUACGACCGCCAAAGGAAGCGCCGCCCACGCCACCAGCAGCAUCGGCCAGCGCCAAAAACAUCAGCAGCAGCAACAACAACAACGCAGUGGUAGUAACCUUUGAGCGCUCGCAGUAGUAAACAAAAGGCAACUAACAAAACAAACUUUUGGCAACAUGGACGUAUUCCUGAUGAUCAGAAGGCAGAAGACGACGAUUUUCACGGAUGCCAAGGAGAACACAACCGUUGCCGAGCUGAAGCGAAUGAUUGAAGGCAUUCUGAAAGUACAAGUCGUCGAUCAGCGGUUAUACAAUCAGGACAACGACAUCAUGGAGGAUGACAGCACGUUGCAGGACUACGGCGUGACAGUCUCCACGGCGAAGGCACAGUCGCCGGCGCAGCUGGGCUUGACAUUCAGAAAUGAUAUGGGCGACUUUGAGACACUGGAUAUGACGCCAUACUCAGCACCGCCGGACUUACCCGAAGUGAUGAAAAACCAAGAGGCCUCAAACGGACAGGAGGCAGUUGCAUAAAUUAGAAUCCAAAACCAUAAUUAAACAUCCAUCAUGAGUAGCAGCAGCAGCAGCGGCAGCAGCAGCAGUAACAGGCAGACAUUGAGAGCAGCCAACCCCGUUCCCCCCCCCAUCUACUAUCCGUUGCUUGCGAGGGAUAAAACUUACUUGUCGCCACACCACAAAAUAAAUUGGGGGAUUUACCAGCGGAUCUACGCUGUUGCUCUCGCUUGUCCCAUACAAAAAUAUACAAAAACAAAACAA